AUGCCGGUGGUCAAGGGAGGAGUGUGGACGAACAUCGAAGACGAGAUCCUCAAAGCCGCCGUCUCCAAAUAUGGCCUCAACCAAUGGGCGCGUGUAUCUUCUCUUCUCGCGCGGAAAACAGCCAAGCAAUGCAAAGCACGAUGGACGGAGUGGCUGGACCCCGGCAUCCGCAAGAUCGAAUGGAGUCGUGAGGAGGACGAGAAGCUGCUGCAUUUGGCCAAGUUGAUGCCCACGCAAUGGCGGACGAUUGCGCCGAUUGUGGGACGGACAGCGACGCAAUGUCUGGAAAGGUAUCAGAAGCUACUGGACGAGGCGGAGGCGAGGGAGACGGCUGCAGAAUUGGGCUUGGGUGGGCCUGAGGGCGGUGAGGCUGCGGCGCCGAGUGCGGAUGAUGUGAGGAGGUUGAGGCCUGGGGAGCUGGAUCCGGAUCCGGAGAGUAAGCCAGCGAGGCCUGACACGAUCGAUCUGGACGAAGAUGAGAAGGAGAUGUUGUCGGAGGCUCGUGCUCGUCUUGCCAACACUCAGGGUAAGAAGGCGAAGCGGAAGGCGCGAGAGAGGCAGCUCGAGGAGAGUCGGAGGGUGGGUGUGCUGCAGAAGCGGAGGGAGCUGAAGAAUGCCGGUAUAAACGUCAAGGUCACGACGAAGAAGAAGGGUCAGAUGGACUAUAAUGCCGAUAUUCCGUUCGAGAAAGCACCUGCGCCCGGCUUCUACGAUACGCAAGACGAGAUGGCGACGAAUGAGCAUCAGCGAGAAAUGUUCGAUCCUCGAAAGCAGCAGCUGGCCAACAAGCGAAAAGGCGAUCAGCAGGAUGGUGAAGAACAAGAUCAUAAGCGGAGGAAGAACGACAAGGACGGUGGUGCUUCUUCUUUUGCUGCGGCAGCCAAGGCGGGACAGCUACAACGUAUUCGUGAAGCGGAGCAAAGCAGCAAACGACGAGGUCUGGUGUUACCGGCUCCUCAGGUUAGUGAGGCAGAGCUGGAGGACAUUGUUAAGAUGGGCAUGUCUGGCGAUCGUGCAAUGGCGGAGGGUAGCGAAAGCGACACCGCUCGUGGGCUUACAGGCAGCUACGCAAACACUGUCGGCGCAACACCUCUACGUACCCCACGAGCACCUCAAGAAGAGGACCGGAUACCGAACGAGCUCCGCAAUGCACGAGCUCGGACAGAAACCCAGUCAGCACUGCUGGGCGGUGACAACAACGACCUAGCAGACGAAAGCGUCACAACUGGUCUUCAAGGAAUGGCACCCUCCCAACAGACCCUCCACACACCCAACCCCAUGGCGACACCAAUGCGCAACGGCGUAGCCGCAACUCCGGGCCCUGGCGCAACACCCAUGCGAACACCCCGCGACUCCUUCCGACUAAACGAAGAUGACGGCUCCACGCAGCUCGUAGGCCAUACACCACGCGAUAUCCGUCUUCGAGAACAAGCCACUCGCUCCAGCCUCCGCGGUAAACUCGCCAGCCUGCCUAAACCGAAAGAAAUGGACUUUGAGCUCGAGUUGCCCGAGGACAGGGAGGAAGUCGCUCUGACUGCUGAGCAACAACAGGAGGAUGCCGCUGCUCGGGACAAACGGAAUGCGGAUAUUGCUUACGCGGCCGCUUUGGCAGAGUUGAGAAGGCAGACUCAAGUUGUGCAGCGUGGUUUGCCGCGGCCUAGUGUUGUGGACGUGGAUGCUCUACUCGCCAAAGCUAAGACGGUUGAAGAUCCCAUCCAGCGGCAAGUCGAAGAAGAGAUGGCUGUGUUGAUGGCCCACGAUGCGCUCAAAUUCGGCUCCUCUUCACUCAAAGGAAAGGAUAAGGGAAAAGAAGUCCUGAUGCUAGACGAGGAAAAGAUGCAAAAGGCGAGGAUGGAAGUGAUCCUGGAAAUGGGCUCUGAAUCUACGGAACAAGAUCGCGCAUCGUUCGGUCGAGCUUUCGAGCUGGAAUGGGAACGCGCGCAUACCAGUACAUCUAUCCUACCAGGUCUAGCAGGCUACGCAGAAGACGACCUCGACGAGCAACAACUCCUCGCCGAAGCCUUCGACUCUAUCCAACAAUCCCUCGAAACUUCCGCGGAAAAGGGCGCAGCUCUGGAGAAAAAACUGGCGAAGAUGCAGGGCGGGUAUGCUGCUCGGGCUAAGGUUCUCAGGAGCAAGAUCGGGAGUGUGGCGGAGAAGAUGGAGGGGUUGAGGAUCCAGGCUGAGGUGGGUAGGACGGCGUUGGUGGGGGAGGAGGUGGCGGUUAGGGAGAGGUUGGAGGGGUUGAGGGGGGAGGUGGCGUUUGUGGGGAGGAGGGAGAGGGAGGCGCAAGAAGUUUUUAGGGGAAGGAAGGCGGAGUUGGAGGGGAUGUGA